UCUGGGGCGGGGGAGAGGUGGGGCUUACCCCAACACCCUACAAAGACCCAAACCAGGGCCCUGGCACCUCAGAGAUCCCAGGACUGUCGCCAUGGCAACAGCCCCAUGCCUGGUGCUGCUGGGGGCAGCUCUGCUCCUACCAGGCGUGGCGGCGCUGCAGUGCCUGAGCUGUGUGGAGCAGGGGGAUGGCGGCUGCAGCCCCGAGCGGGUCCAGAAUGUGACGUGUCCCAAGGGCACCAGCGUGUGCAUGGAGGCCGCGGCUGGUGUGCAAUGGAGCCAUGGGCAGUUCGUGUUGGGAGAGCGCGGGUGCGGCGCAGGCAUGGCGGGCACCAACGACAAGGGCGUGGAUGUGCGAGGGAUUGUGGCCUUCGGACAGCUGCGCCAGUGCAACCACAGCCACUGCAACGGGCUCCUCCCUCUGCAGGAUCUAGUCCUGAGGCCUUCCGUUAACGUGAGCACCCAGGAGCCCAACGGGGUGGAGUGCUACGGCUGCCCAGACCAGGGCCCCUGCGAGGAGGCCAAUGCCAGCGUGGUGGUGCGGUGCUAUGGCAGCUGGCACGGCUGCUUCCACGGCAAUGUCACCAUCAAAGUCGGCAACAUGUCCCUGUGGCGGACGGUGCGGGGCUGCGCCCGGGACGGCGACUGCACGCGGGAGGUCAAGGGCAGCCCCAACGUGGUCCUGCAGGGCUCCUGCUGCUCCGGGCACCUCUGCAACGGCGACCUGAGCAACAAGACCUUCUUCGCCCCCGACCUGCCCCGCCUGGAGAUCCUGCCCCAGCCCCAGCCCCAGCCCACCACCACGGCCCCCCGCCGCACCCUGCCGGCCUCCACCGGGGCGCCCACCACGGCCUCCAAGGCCCCCCUGGCCUCCACGUCGAUGGCGCCCCCCCAUCAUGGCCCCCACCAUGAGGAGGAGGAGGAACAGGAGGAGGAGGAGGAGGAGGAGGCUGCAGGCCCCCGGGACGGGGGGACAGUCAACAGUGAGGGCCGGAGCUACCCGGGGGCCAAGCAGCCGGGGGGUGGGAAGGGGGCUGCCAUGGGGCUGAGGGGCUCGGCUUGGCUGGCUUUGGGGAUCACAGCCACCCUGCUGCUCUGAGGGGAGGCAGGGGUUAAAAGGGUCAUUAAGGCCUUAACGACUGGGGCCUUAAUGACUGGGGCCUCUUUUUACCCCACCCACCAACGAGCCCCCUCCACGAGGCAGGAGUAUUCGGCUCACAGGCAGGCUUCGGCCUAGUGGCGGUAGCCAUCUUUUCCCCCUCCCGCACCCUGGUGUCUCCUGGUCUGAGACACGACUGCUCAACUCCCAGGCAGGCUUCGGCCUAGUCGUGGGGCCCUCGGCACCCCACCCCUGCCACCCUCCUGGCUCCCAGCUUGAGACCCACAUGCUCAACUCCCAGGUAGGCUUCGGCCUACACGCAGUGGCCAUCUUGUCUCUCAUGUCUGCCGGCCCGAGUCCUAAAUGCUUCAUUCCCAGAAAGGCUUUGAGCUAGCUGUGGUGACCAUUUCCCCUGGCUUCGCUCCCAGGCAGGCUUUGGCCUAGUCACGGCAGCCAACUUGUCCUCCCCAAACACUUACACCUCCCAGCCCUGGCCCCCUGCACUCAACUCCCAGGCAGGCUUUGGCCUACACCUAGUGGCCAUCUUGUCCCCGCCACCAACCCGUGACCCAGCUCCUGGGUCCUCUUCCCCCGCACCCCCAAGGGGCAUGGCACCUCCUGGGGUGGAUAUGGCGAUGGGAGGGUGCAGACGCCUUACCCCCUACCCUUCCGCCUCCACACCUUGAGGGUUUGGGGGGGCCCUGAGAUCACAUCGACCCCAUGAGCAUCAAGCCCAGCCCUUGGGGCAGGUGGAUUGUCCUGUCUCCCCAAUGCCCCCCCUUGAGCCCAGCCCGCUCCCCCCACAAUGCCUUCAAGACCCCCUACAACUGUUUUACACAACUCCCCCCCGGGGUAGGGAGUUGCUGGGGGUGGGAAAAUAAAGCCCGCCGAGAGCGGGUGUUUCUCUGUU